AUGGGUCGCUGGGAAGCUUUAUAUAUCCCUCGUUUUCUCCUUCAUCUUCCUUCUUCGUUCCCAUCAAUCACCCAGGAGAACAUCCGAUCUGCUCCUCCUUUUGGAUUCUCACGGUAUCUAGGGUUUGCGAGGAGCCCCCUCGAAGGAGAUAUUCUAAUUUUCGUUUUGGUUUCAAGAGGUGUUGGUGGAUCCUCUAACUGCUUAAUAAUGACCUCUAAUACCACCGGAGAGCGAAG